AUGCGAACCUCACCGAGGACCAUGAUUCUCACGUCUCUCGCCCUCCUCCAACUCGCCCUCUCCUCGCCUCACUCAUCAACCCCACCCUUACCACCCGCCCAGUGCGCCCCCGGGAACUUCCCUUCACCCUUCAACCCCAACCUCACAACCUGCCUGGACAGCGCCAUCCUCCUCCCCAGCGCCUGGCACCCGUGGACGCACCGCCCGCACUGCGUCGAGGCCGCGGAUAAUAGCCCCUGGUGCGUCUUCACCCGCGCCGCUCUCCACAGCAGCAUCAGCGUGGUGACGACGCCGGACGAGGCCGCGGGCGCGCUGAACCCGCUCCGGCACGUGCUCGACGACGACGACGACGACGACAAUAACGACGACGAUAACACCGCUGACUCGCCGAAGGGACGGCGGCGGCCGUACGAGGUGCGGGACGUCCCCGGCAAGGGCAAGGGCGCGGUGGCGACGCGGCGGAUCGGCAAGGGGACGGCGGUGCUGGCAGACCACGCGGCCGUCCUGGCGGCGGUCGAGUACCCGGCGGACGUGAUGCGCGAGGAGGUGCAGGAGCUGCUGGCGGUGGCGGCGGCGCAGCUGCGGGAUCCCGGGGCGGUGGAGGGUCUGGCGAGGAGGGGGGCGCGGCAGGGGAGAAAGGACUACGGCGGCGACGGGGAGGUUGUGGAGAUGAGCGAGAUGGAGGACAUCAUGCUGACAAACACGUUUGGGGUGACGGUGGGAGGAAAGGAAUACAUGGCGCUGUUUCCCAACUUGGCGAGGUUUAACCACGCUUGUAAACCAAAUGCAUUCAUCAACUUCUCCCAAAGGACGCUAGCCAUGACUGUCUGGGCGGCUCGUGAUAUUGAGCCUGGAGAAGUGCGAAACUGCAAAAGCGACGCCGCAAUUGCUGCUUCCAGCAAUUGCACCUAA